UCCAGGUUGGUCUUCACGAACCGAGGAGUUCAAAGGUCCCUUAUUAGUUCAUCUUCUCUUCCGUCAUCAUCUUCCGAAGAGCUUUCUCCGACCGAUCUCAUCAUUGUUUCAAAGUUGUUCCUUAAACCUCAGAGAAUCUCUGUUCUAAAUUCUGUAUACUUAACAAUGGUAGAACGCAAGAAACGGAAACAGAUUCAGAGAAACAACAGUGAGAGCAACAGGAAUCAAAAGAGACGAAUUUCACAUGAUAAGAUUAAUAGAGAUGAGCUUGUAGUUUACAGAAUCUUAUGUCCUAUUGAUGUUGUUGGAGGUGUUAUAGGUAAAAGUGGUAAAGUCAUCAACGCCAUUAGGCAUAACACAAAAGCCAAGAUCAAAGUAUUUGAUCAGUUACAUGGUUGCAGCCAAAGAGUCAUAACAAUCUAUUGCUCUGUUAAAGAGAAACAAGAAGAAAUCGGUUUUACGAAGAGCGAAAACGAGCCUCUUUGUUGUGCACAAGAUGCUCUUCUUAAAGUCUAUGAUGCAAUUGUAGCUAGUGAUGAAGAGAACAACACUAAGACUAAUGUAGAUAGAGAUGAUAACAAGGAAUGCCGUCUUUUAGUUCCGUUUAGUCAAUCUUCUAGUUUGAUUGGUAAGGCUGGUGAGAACAUUAAGAGGAUAAGACGUAGAACUAGAGCUAGUGUUAAGGUUGUUUCGAAAGAUGUUUCGGAUCCUUCACAUGUUUGUGCCAUGGAAUAUGACAAUGUAGUUGUGGUUAGUAUCUGAAAUAGCGUCUUUAUUUGCCUGUUCUUUGUUGCUUUCUAUUGAUGUUUUUCGGUCUUUUGAUCGAAUAGAUAUCUGGUGAGCCUGAAUCCGUGAAGCAAGCGCUUUUUGCUGUUUCUGCAAUCAUGUACAAGAUCAAUCCUCGUGAAAAUAUUCCUCUAGAUUCAACCAGCCAAGAUGUUCCAGCAGCUAGUGUUAUAGUUCCAUCAGAUCUUUCUAAUUCUGUCUAUCCUCAAACGGGAUUUUACUCGAAUCAAGAUCAUAUUCUUCAGCAAGGGGCGGGUGUUCCGUCAUAUUUCAAUGCACUAUCUGUAUCUGACUUUCAAGGUUACGCAGAAACCGCUGCGAAUCCAGUGCCUGUUUUUGCUUCUUCUCUCCCAGUGACUCAUGGUUUUGGUGGGUCUUCCAGAUCAGAAGAGCUGGUUUUUAAAGUCUUGUGCCCUUUGUGCAAUAUUAUGCGUGUAAUCGGGAAAGGAGGAUCAACCAUUAAAAGAAUAAGAGAAGCAAGCGGUUCUUGUAUUGAGGUUAAUGACUCGAGAACAAAGUGUGGUGAUGAUGAGUGUGUUAUCAUUGUCACUGCUACAGAGUCUCCUGAUGAUAUGAAGUCUAUGGCUGUUGAAGCUGUUCUUCUUCUGCAAGAGUAUAUCAACGAUGAGGAUGCGGAAAAUGUUAAGAUGCAACUUCUUGUUUCUUCUAAGGUUAUUGGAUGCGUUAUAGGGAAGAGUGGCUCAGUCAUAAACGAAAUCAGGAAAAGAACCAAUGCUAAUAUCUGUAUCUCGAAAGGGAAAAAGGAUGACCUUGUUGAGGUAUCAGGUGAAGUCAGUAGUGUGAGAGACGCUCUCAUUCAGAUCGUUCUAAGACUUCGAGAGGAUGUUUUAGGAGACAAAGAUAGUGUUGCUACUAGGAAACCUCCUGCAAGAACUGAUAACUGUAGUUUCUUAUCGGGUAGUAGUAAUGCCGGUUAUACACUUCCAUCGUUCAUGUCUUCAAUGGCUUCUACAAGCGGAUUCCAUGGUUAUGGAAGCUUUCCGGCAGGAGAUAAUGUUUUGGGAUCAACCGGUCCAUACUCAUAUGGACGUUUGCCUUCAUCUUCUGCUCUGGAGAUUCUAAUCCCGGCGCAUGCAAUGAGUAAAGUUAUGGGAAAAGGAGGAGGCAAUUUGGAAAACAUAAGAAGGAUAUCGGGAGCGAUGAUAGAAAUAUCUGCUUCCAAAACGUCACAUGGUGAUCACAUUGCUCUCUUAUCCGGCACACUUGAACAGAUGCGUUGUGCAGAGAACUUGGUCCAAGCUUUUGUUAUGUCCACUUGAAAAAAAAUAGUUAGGGAUCAUUAGGCCGAGAUGAAUUUUUUUUCCUUUUAUCUCUCUGUCUCUAGCUUUUUGGUGAGUUUCAUCACUUCUGCUUAUCGUUUGUUUUAGCGAGCUGUUAGCACGAUUAAAUGUACUAUAUCUAUAACUUAUGGUGCCUUUGUUAGUUUCAAGCUUUUGCUUAAUCCUCUGAGCUUAAACCGGCUCUGUUCUGCAGCUUUAAUCAUAGUUUGAGUCUUGCGACUCCUUCUUUUGCUAUGUCAUUUGGUUUGGUUCGGUUCAACACUUCAACGGUUAUGUUUGUAG